AAAUAGGCCAGUCGGGAGUGCAGUUCUGUAUCAAAUCGUUGCAAACCAUCGACAAAUCAAAAUGUUCAAGCUGUGCGUUUUCGUAGCUCUCCUCAGCCUGGCCGCUGCUGCCCCCGCCCCGGCUCCAGUGCCCGCCCCGGCCCCUGGACUGAUUGCUCCCGGCCUGGUGGCGCCCGGUCUGGUGGCACCCGGAAUCUGGGGACCCACCGUCGUCGCCUCUCCCCAUGUGGUCAGUGUUGUGCCCAGCGCCAUUUCCCACGCCGCCAUCACCCAGGUGCAUCCUUCGCCCCUCCUGGUCAAGAGCAUUCACGGCCUGGGACCCGUUGUGAUCGGUUAAUCCCCUCGACCAGAAUCCUGCCACCGCCACAUCUCACCCACACGCCAGCCACAUCCGCUCCUGUUCAACUUCAGUAUCUUCCUGCGGGUUACCUUCAGCCACGUCGUAUCCUGUGCCCUGUUUAUGAAGCAAGCAAAUCCAGCAAUGAGAAAAAAAUUACAAAAAAAAGUUUAGACACUAAAAUACAUUCCAAGCAAUAAAAUACCUACCAUACUUGUUAUAGAGAGA